GCAUUGAUAACAAAAUUGAAAAAUGAAUUUUUGAUAAUUUGGAUACCCAGUUUAGUUUAAAAAACUUCUAUUUUCAGCGAUCUAAGUUGUACAAUAUUACAAAAUUUUUGAACUGAAAUAUUGCCUCAAGAUGUCGAUGAUUAAACAACUGACUCGUAUUCCGAGAUGUGAGCUAACAACCAAGUCGUAUCGUUUCUUCAGCUCUGAAGCAGGUUCUUCAUCACCAUCAACGUCAGUGAGUCGUGAUGUACCAGGGUUAAGUUCCAAAGUGUUGAAAGUGCCUUCUGCAGAAGUAGGCCCUGGAGCUUCAAAAAGUGCGAAAUAUAAAAAUCCAGAAUAUUUUUCAUACCACGAAACAUCGUACUUCGAUGCAGAAUUGGAAAUGUUGAAAUUCAGACUACCACAACCAUCAAAUAAAUCGAAAUAACCGUAGUGAUUGUUUUAUUUUACUGUAAGUGUCAUGUAAUAUAGUUAAUAUAUCGUGUUGAAUUUA